UUGUUUGUUUAUCUUGAACUGCGGUCUUCUCAAAAAGGAGAAGGAGUUCCUAUCAAAUGUGACAGUGUAGUGGUUACAGAAGUAGUGUUGUGGAAUAUUGAAAUUAAAAUUUGUAGUAUGGAGGGUGCGAGCCAUGUAGUUUUUGCAGUUACUAAUCAUAUCGCCAACAUUGCAUUAUUAGCGUUUAUGGCAUUAAUUUCUCCGGAAAACGGUAGUCGAUUUAUGGGGACUUCUGCCAAAGUAUUAUCUGUUGAUCAUAAACUUCCAUCGGAUGUCUUAAAUCGCCAUGAUACUGCAUUGCAAGAUAGUGUCGGGAUGUAUAAUGAGAUAAAACAAAAGGGGACCUACAAACUUGUAAAAUUUGCUCGUGAAAAAUCACAUCAAGAUUUUGCACGAGUAAAACUAGUACUUAUCAACAAUAGCAGUCGAUUAUUGAAAUGGACUCUUAGAUCUGUCAGCAAUGCCAUACAGUUUAAUUUUGUGGCAGCUUAUCCAAAAGGAAGUGGUGAAAUAGAAAUAUAUAGUAAUAACGAAUGUAUCUUGAUCUGGCGCCGUCCGAAAGAAUUCAACUCUUGGCGUGAGCUAACUUCACUAAAAAUGAUACUCCAAGUUAAAUUAGUACUUCCUGAAACUGGUAAGGUUGUUGGGGAGACAACCAGAAAGUUUAAAGAGAAUAACGGUAAAACUGUUGCAGCAGUUGUUGAUCCAGAAUUAGUUUGUACCGCUAAUGAUCCGCCAAUUCAUAAAAUGAUUUUAAAUUCCGAGCAUUCAAAAGCAGUAUCUGGAAAACGGAAAUCCAGAAAGAAAAAAAGCAGUGUAAGUACUACUGUUGAUGGUGGCACUAGUGGUAAUGCAAAUGUGCAAGCAUCAAAAAUUACGAGCAAAACGGGUGCACCAAAUCAAGGGGACAUGUCUUGGCUUAUAAUUGUUUUAAAUAAAUAUCGAGUUAUGACAACGCACGUGGUACUUCUUUGGUGCCUAGUUGUAGGUGAAAAAUUGCAGUGCUUUCACAUCAGACGGAUUCUUAAAGCACUUCAUCAUAAAAAAGUCGUGGUUACAAAAAUUUUAUCAAUUAAUAAUAAACUACUUAUAUCCAAAUUACCAUGUGUUAGUCAUGGACCUCGUGGUGUAGCGGUUAUCACAUCUGUCUAACA